AUGGGCGGAGACCGACAGGAAGUCAACCUGUCAAAGGUUUUCAGACUUCAUUUCAUCUUGUUGACACAAAUGCAUGAAGACUUGCUGAUUCUGAAGUCGCCAGGGGUGACGUCACUGGACGAAAUCAAGUGCGUUAUCAAGGAUUUCAGAAUCAGAAUCAGAAGUACUUUAUCCAUCCAUGAGGGGAAAUUGAGAUUUUCAGCACAAUCCAAUCAAGAUCAGACAAAUAUUACAUGGAGACAGAACAGGAUCGCUGACGGGUCUGCCAACUUCCGCACCUUUUGCAAAAAAAGGCUCAAGCCGUCCAUUGUUCUUCUUGAGCCUCCCGGGAUCCUGCCAGAGGCCUCAUCUUCCAUUAUGCUCUUCUUCACGGACGCCUCAGCGAUCUCGAUGGAAGCCUGCAGAUCCCUGGAUGAUGAAGAACUCUUCUUGGCCUCUGGCAGGAUCUUUUUGCAAGCCUUCUGGCACGACGGAAGCUCUUUGGGGCGUCCUUGUGCACGCUAUGGACAGCGGAGGGGGCCUUUCGUGCAGGACCUUGGCAGCGUGUCCAGACCGACAGGCGUCUGCCGCGUCCCCGCGGGAGGAGAGCGGGGAUCGAUCAGAACGUCAUGA